GAGACUCUGCAAAGGAUUGUCUCUACUCUAGCGAACAAAAAUGAUGAAAUUCACAACUUCAUUGACAUGCUGAACCAUACAAUAAAAAAUGUUCAGGUAAACUCUUCCAAUGUAAUCAGUGAGUUGGAUGAAGAAUUUGAUGGCCUAUAUUCUAUACUGGAUGAGAUGAAGGGGAGUAUGGCCAACACUAUUCAGCAAGAAGAGGCUCGUAAAAUUCAAGCUCUGCAGGAUCAGCUUAGCCAAUGUAGUAAUGCCCUAGAGAGUUCUGAAGAGCUGCUGGAACUUGCUGCACAGUCGCUGGACAUAAAGGACCCUGUGGAAUUCUUAAAG